GAGAAGCAGAGCGCUGCGGCCACUCCCGUGUGCCGUAGCUGAGGGGGUCGGUGGCCGCUGCGGGGAGCCCGACCCGUGUGGUUAUGUUUCACACUAUGUGCUGACUGUACUUACAGAAGAUAUUUAAAAACAAACAGACUUUUUCCAAGAUUUUGAUUCCAGUGGAAUCUGUGCUUUAGAUUUUUGUCUUGUCAAUUAAUUCCCGAAGCAAUGCCUGUACAAGCUCCACAAUGGACGGAUUUUCUCUCCUGCCCGAUUUGCACACAGACUUUCGAUGAAACAAUCCGGAAGCCCAUCAGCUUGGGUUGCGGCCACACUGUCUGCAAGAUGUGCCUCAACAAGCUCCACCGUAAGGCAUGCCCUUUUGACCAGACCACUAUCAAUACAGACAUUGAACUCCUUCCUGUGAACUCAGCCUUGCUGCAACUAGUGGGUGCUCAGGUUCCUGAGCAGCAGCCAAUUACUUUAUGUAGUGGAGCUGAAGAUACCAAGCAUUAUGAGGAGGGCAAAAAAUGUGUGGAAGAAUUAGCAUUGUACCUCAAACCACUCAGCAGUGCAAGAGGUGUGGGUCUUAACAGUACUACUCAGAGCGUGCUAAGUCGUCCCAUGCAAAGGAAACUUGUGACAUUAGUUCAUUGCCAGCUAGUGGAAGAAGAAGGGCGGAUCAGAGCCAUGCGUGCAGCACGGUCACUUGGUGAAAGAACCGUCACAGAGCUCAUUCUUCAGCAUCAAAAUCCUCAGCAGCUCUCUUCGAACCUCUGGGCUGCAGUGAGAGCCAGAGGGUGCCAGUUCCUUGGACCAGCAAUGCAAGAGGAGGCUUUAAAGCUGGUUCUACUGGCUCUGGAAGAUGGAUCUGCUUUGUCACGGAAGGUCUUAGUUCUCUUUGUGGUUCAGAGGCUGGAGCCGAGAUUUCCUCAGGCUUCUAAAACUAGCAUUGGACAUGUUGUCCAGCUUCUUUACAGAGCGUCGUGCUUCAAGGUGACAAAGCGAGAUGAGGAUUCCUCCCUGAUGCAACUGAAGGAGGAGUUUCGGACUUAUGAAGCUCUGAGAAGGGAACAUGAUUCCCAGAUAGUUCAAAUAGCUAUGGAAGCAGGUUUACGCAUUGCACCAGAUCAGUGGUCCUCACUGUUAUAUGGCGACCAGUCUCACAAAUCCCACAUGCAGUCUAUCAUUGACAAGUUGCAGACCCCAGCCUCGUUUGCACAGAGUGUUCAGGAAUUAACUAUUGCUCUUCAGAGGACUGGAGAUCCAGCUAACCUGAAUCGUCUUCGACCUCACCUAGAGCUCCUGGCAAAUAUUGAUCCUAGUCCAGAUGCUCCACCUCCAACAUGGGAACAACUGGAAAAUGGACUAGUUGCUGUGAGGACUGUGGUUCAUGGCUUAGUUGAUUACAUCCAGAAUCACAGCAAAAAAGGAGCAGAUCAACAACAGCCUCCUCAGCACAGCAAGUACAAGACAUACAUGUGCCGAGACAUGAAACAGAGGGGAGGAUGCCCCCGGGGGGCCAGCUGCACCUUUGCACAUUCACAGGAGGAGCUAGAAAAAUUCCGUAAAAUGAACAAGCGUCUGGUUCCCAGAAGACCCCUGAGUGCCUCCCUGGGCCAGCUAAAUGAGGUGGGCCUGCCUUCAGGAGCUAUCCUCUCGGAGGAAGGGGGAGUGGACUUGCCCAGUAGGAAAACUUCUGCACUGCCAAAUGGAAUUGUGUCAACAGGCAGCACAGUGACGCAACUUAUUUCUCGAGGGACUGACUCCGGUUAUGAAACUGCUCUGAAGCCAGGGAAGAUCGACCAUCUGAGUAGCAGUGCCCCUGGAUCCCCUCCUGACUUGCUGGAAUCUGUCCCCAAGAGCUCUAUUUCUGCCUUACCUGUGAACCCUCAUCCUGUGCCUGCUCGGACACCAGCAGAUCUGCCUUCAGUGUCUGUCACCAAGCAGUUGCAGAUGGUACCACGAGGGUCUCAGUUGUAUAAUACUCAGCAAGCAGAUAUGUUUUAUCAAGAUCCUAGAGGAGCAGCCCCACCGUUUGAGCCAGCACCCUACCAACAAGGAGUUUACUAUCCCACUCAGUCCAUGUCUCGCUUUGUCCGACCUCCUCCAUCAGCUCCUGAACCUGGUCCACCUUAUUUAGACCAUUACCCACCCUACCUUCAGGACCGUGUGGUGAGCCCCCAGUACACGCAGCCACAGCAGUAUCCUCCAAUGGGACAACCCAUCUACCCGCCACACUAUGACAGCCGUCGCGUCUAUCCCCCUGUCCAGCCGUAUCAGCGAGAGGACAUAGUCCGAGGAAGCCCUGUACCUAUUGAAAUUCCACAAGCAGCUGUACCUUCCUAUGUACCUGAGUCCAGAGACAGAUACCAGCAAACAGAGGGUUAUUGCCAAGUGGCUCCACACGUCAGUCAGAUCAGACCUUCAUGCCACAGGCCUCAUCCCAGCCUAGACGAACUUCACCGACGAAGAAAAGAGAUCAUGGCCCAGCUAGAAGAGAGGAAGGUGAUUUCUCCACCUCCUUUUGCACCAUCACCAACCUUGCCUCAUCCAUUUCAUUCGGAGGAGUACUUGGAUGAAGACCUGAAGGUAGCUGGGAAAUACAAAGGAAAUGACUACAGCCAGUACUCUCCCUGGUCCUGUGACACCAUCGGCUCCUACAUUGGAACCAAAGAUGCAAAACCCAAAGAUGUUGUGGCAGCAAGGAGUGUGGAGAUGGCGAACGUAGAUAGUAAAGCCAUGCGUGACCAGCGAUUAGACAUGCAGCGAAGAGCAGCAGAGACUGGUGAUGAUGACCUCAUUCCAUUUGGAGACCGACCAACUGUGUCGAGAUUUGGGGCUAUCUCUCGUACUUCCAAAGCGAUGUACCAGAAUUCUGGUCCCAUGCAGGCCAUGGCAGUUCAGGGAGCUACCACCAAAUCAAUCAUUUCAGACUACAACCCUUAUGGAACUCAUGGUGGCUGGGGAGGCUCUCCAUAUUCUCCUCAUCAGAAUAUACCUUCUCAGGGACGCUUUAGUGACAGGGAAAGACUGUCCAUGUCGGAUGUGGCUGGUCAUGGGAAACAGUUGCCCUCAGCUGAACGAGAGCAGCAGCUGCGCAUGGAGCUGCAGCAAGUAGACCACCAGAUUAGCCAGCAGACACAAAUGCGAGGACUAGAGGCUGUUAGUAACAGGCUGCUGUUGCAGAGGGAGGCGACUACCCUGGCAGGCCAACCGCAGCCCCCACCCCCACCUCCCAAGUGGCCUGGGAUGAUCUCAAGUGAACAGCUGAGCUUGGAGCUACACCAGGUGGAAAGGGAAAUUGGAAAGAGAACCCGGGAGCUGAGCAUGGAGAGCCAGUCUUCACUGGAUAUAAAAAACAAACUGGUCACCACUAAACAGACAGAAAAUGGACAAAUAGAACCGCAAAGCAAGGUUCCGGCUGAGGACCUCGCACUGACAUUCAGCAGUGAUGUUCCAAAUGGAUCAGCCUUGACACAAGAGAACAUUGGCCUCCUGUCAAACAAGACAGCAUCUCUCAGCCUGUCAGAGGACCCGGAGGGAGGAGGAGACAACCACGACUCCCAGAGAGCAGGAGUUACACCCACAUCUGCUCCAUGAAGUGAGGCCAGCAUACCCCAGAGUUUGUUUUGCUGGGGUGUCAGUAGCUUCCAUCACGUUUUUUUCCAGGGGUAAUUGAAGAAACCCAGGAGCAACAGCAGUAGCAGAGCAGCAGGUCCAGAGGCAAUGUGCACAAACACAACUACUAGAAACAAAUCCUGCACAUAGUUCACAUUAACGCAUUUUUUAAUUAAAAAAAUGAAAUUAGCAGUAUCUGCAAGCAAUUCAAAUUAAAUUUGUUUUUGUUCUGUGAAUGAACUUUAUUUUAAUAACUUUGGACGCCUUGGAUCCCAGGGCUUAAAAAAAAAGAUAUUAUAUAUAUACUCUGUUUGAUUAAUUGUAUGAUCUUAAUGAAGUAGGUUUUUUCUUUUAUUUUGAUAUUAUUACAUACCCAGUGCAUAAUUCCAUAUCAACUUAAUUUUUCCAACAACUAAACCAACCUGGCCGCUUCCUUGUAUGGUUUAAGGGUAAACAAGGGAUGAGGGUUGGAGAGUAGCUGCAAAUAGCAGUGUCAAAAGAUGUGUAGCAAACUUCAUUCUUUAAAAUAAUUCCUCCCAUUGUGGCUAGGAACAGAACCCUAGCUUGUGUGAGACUUCUUGCUUAAAUUAUUUAAGUUUAAAAUACAAAUGACAGAAUCUUUGCAGUGUGUGGUCCUUACUGUGUGUCCCAGCACAGCAGGUGUAAUCAAAGAGGAUAACAAAAUAAGUGUCCAGCACCCAUUAUUUUAUUUCAAAGUUGCUGGCCUUUUAUUUUCUGUUGGAACUAAAGAGGCUGGCAGAACGCAGACCCAUCUACUACAGCACAGGUAUUUCUGAAGCUGGUUAGCUGGGGCUUGUAGUAGAGAGGCUUAAUUAACCAGUGAAGGUUGUACAGCUGUGACCAAAGCAGAAUCUCUAGAAACAGGAAGUAGAGAGAACAUAAGGUUAUGCAGUUGCUGGAAGGAUGUUAAUUGCCUGUGAGCUUGUGAAUCAUGUUAGUUCAUCAAGUGUUUGCUGGUUUUUAUUUUUUUUUCCCCCCCACCUUCUCACUAUGCCUUUAAAACAAGCUUACCCAGAGUCCGUACAAGUAAGUUCAUGCCGAGGGACUUACUGAUCUUUUUGCAUUUUGAAACAAGUCUUUCAUGUAUACCUUCUCAGCAACUCCUGCCUUUGUUUUUUCUUCAUUGCUUUUUUAUUAUUAUUUUUAAAAACAUUAUUUCCUCUAUAACCUGAGGGGAUUUUUACUUUGUUCACUGAUACAUCAGUUAUUUAAUUGUAAAGCUGUUGAGGGCCUUGAGACCAACAUCUUUGAUUUGUGUGCAUUGAUCAUGGAAAUCUUUGAAAUGGGAAUUUUUAUUUCUUUUUUAAAGUUGGCAUUCAUUAAGUUCUGUGUGUAUUAGAAUUUGACACAAGAAUCAAUCUGCAUCUUGUUUGCCACUGCUGCAGUGAAUCCUUCCUAGAUUCCCCUUUCAUAGGGGAGUAGUUCUGUCAAAAUGACCACUUAAGAUGCAGCACAGAUCCUGUCAGUAGUAGUCAGAAGUACUGAAAAGGAAACUUUGCUUGAUGGAUCUAGUGUGCUACUUCUCCAAGUCGAUGCUUUGUAAGUAUACGUUGGAGAAACUGUAAGCCUUUCUAGAUUUCUUCUUUAAAAGUUAAAGAAAUUAAAGAUAUUGUUUUACUGCUGCACGUUUUUUGACUCUAUUGACAUGCGCUGGGGUGAGAUCCUGUACAUGAAUAAUUCUGUGGAGAAUGAUUUUUGAAGUGCUGCUCCCUCUGCACCUUCUUGGCCUGUUAUUGUUUUUUCUUUUUGGGUUAGACUACUAAAUCAGAAAGCACUGGUUAUGUAAUAAUAAAUUACUGCAUUGCUUUGGUUGGGUAAAGCAAGAGUUAAUAAAUUUUCUUGGGUUUUAGGUUUUUUUCCUUAACCUUAACUCCUGCUGAGGUCAUAGCAACCUUGGGCUAAGCUUUGCAUUCAUCAAACUGUUAAAUAAAACAAAAUGGGGGGUGGGAGGGGAUACAGUCCCACUAUUGCCUACCAGUAGGAGAGUCCAAACAGAAGACUCUUUUGAGUAGCAAUUAUUUAAUUUGCCCAGUCAAGGCACCGCGUUUAUAUACUAUUUCACAUUGAAUUUGAUUAUGCCCGACAGACCUGGCUGGUCAAGGAUUUGAUACACAUAUUGGCUUGGGAUUCGAGCUUUCUUUUUUAUUUAAAUAAAAAUUUAUAUAUAAAUAUAUAUAUAUAUACAUAUAUACAUAGUUAUAUCUGUAUAUAUAUUGGGUAUGUUUUAAGAAUUUUUUCGCAUGAGCGCAGCUGUUGUGAUCAAAUGUCUGGGAGGUAGAAGCACUGAAUGAAAAUAAAAGGCAUUUUUCAGCGCACACGCCCACACUUUCCAUGUGUCUUCACAUGGGUUUAUUUCGUUCUUAGUGGAACUUUAGCCUCUUAAUUGACAAGAGUAGUUGUGAAGCUUGCUUUCUUUCUAACCCCUCUUAACUUCUGGCAAAGAAUCAUCUUUGCACUAGAAUAGCUUCAUCUACACUUUGCCCCCAUCCAUCUGUAUCUCCUACGUGAGGCCUAGCAUUACAGCUGCUCCCCUUCAAGCCGAGCAGAACUAGGCUGAUGCAGUUCUGAGCCUGUCAGGUCUGUUCCUCCCUCCUCUGCUCUGGGCAUGAUGAUGAUCAAAUGUGUUCCCCUGGCAGCCUGCUCACCAGUCAACUGACACAGGCACUGUGCCCUCUUCUCCCAUCCUUUAGUGCAGAGCACCACCGUCAGGUCAGCCUUCUCAUUAUUUUUAAUUAGUUUACUUUCUGUUGUGUCUUUAUUAACACAGGGAGCUCAUUUUAGUUGAGAUAAUUAGUGCAAUAUUCUAACCUAGGAGGCCAAGCCCAGAAUGUACAUUUUUUUGACUGCAGUAAUUUUCAAAGACGGUUAUGAUAUAUUUGAAUCUACAGAUUCAUUUUAAAUCCUAGGAAGAAAAUCUGGAAGAGCAGAAAACCUUUUCUCUUUUAUUACUUAUGCCAGCUAGUUUCCUUGCCAGGUUAGGGAUUAUGUUCUUUCCUCCACUUUUGCUCCCAGGAAGAAUUCUUCAGUAAGAGUUUUUCAGAUUGCUGGCCAACACAGGGUGAAUGCUUCCAAAACCUGUGGAUUAGAAGGGAGACGUUACUGUUGUUUUCUCUCCUUUAUCCAGUUCUCCAUGCUGUACUUUGUGCAUAGUGUCCUUGUGAUCAGUGUGUCCAGGUGAAUGCCCUGUUUGCCCAGUUUUAUAGUUUGGCUUGUUAAAUAGUUUGUUUAAUAUCUACUGACAGUAUUGAUUUUUGGCUUUGUUUUUUCCCCUCCUCCUUUGUUUUUUUUUUUUUGCUUUUUUGUAGAAGCUUAGUAGAUAAAACAAGUCAAACAGCAAAUUGCAGUGUCUGCUUUUAAGUCUUUUCUGGAAGCUGCACCUAAAAUUUUCCCUUUUUGUGGAAAAGCGUGCUAGUAGAACUGGGAGGACAGAUAGUUCUACAUAUAAGGAAGCAUUGAUGGUUGCAGCAAAUAAGCAGGGAAUUAAAAUUUCUGGAGUAACCCUGUAUCCUGUUCCAUUCAUUUCUGUAGCCCAUCAGUCAUUGUCCCAGCUGUACAGGAAUGCUCUCCCCCUCAGUGAAAUUGGUCUCAGCUAGAAAGUGGUUUAGUUCUUUCUACUUGGGCAAGAAGAAACAGUAUUACAAUGGUGUUAGGGCACUACUGCAUCAUUUGGUAGUCAGGUUAGAUUUUCUACUACAGUAGACAACUUUGAACCCUCAUUGAUACCUGGGUUUCAGCCCCAGCACAGAUAACCCCCAGAAUAGGAAGCUUCAAAUGCUAGCUUAAGCUUCAGUGUGUCAGUGGUUCAGUCAGUGUAGAAAUUAUGUUUAUUCUAGUGUUACUUUCCUCCUGUCAACUUCUCUUCUUCCUUUUCUAUGACCUAGUUCUCUUUUUGUAACAGGAGAACCUUACACUCUUUCUUCUGCCCCUCUUGUAUACUAUUGUAUCCUGUCCCAUUUCAGAGUAGGACUUUUUUAAUUGAGAUCAGAGCACAUUUCAAACUUGCAGCAAUGUUAUCCCCUUUUCCUCAAGUUCUCUCUGUUCAGUUUAUUCUGAACCUUAUUCCCUCCAUUUUGUCCAUACCUUACUUCCUUUCCUUAUGUGGCUUGCCCAUUCACCCUCCCUGAUUGUCUAACAGUGACAGCUUGCUGCCUCAAAACAGAGCAUUCAAAUGAAUUCGCUUAGCCAAUAACUUCUGUGAAGUUGCCUUUUCUAAUGGUGUUAUUACUCAGUGAUGCACAAAUGUGAUAUUGCCCCUACUGGUAGGCAAACAGGGGAUCUGUAUAAACAUGGUAAACUGCUGUUUUUCUUUAAAGGAGAGCCAAAGACUUGUGCUUUACA